CACAAGCAGCGGGCACAUCCACGGCAGACAAAUCCGUGUUCAGUGACGUGUUUUUUGUAUUAGCCUUUUUUUUUACGCACGUUCAGUUCUUCCCCAGUACAGACUGAUUUCAUGAAUUCUAUAGCUCAAUCCCCCCUGAGGUGUUUCUCCUUUUUAUUUUAUUAAUGCUAAUCACCUCUUGUGUUUAUCUUUUCAUUUUCUGACUCCAGAGAAAGCCGUUAUUAGCCUCUCCAGCGUCCGCCGCGUCUCUCCCUCCAUCUCCUCUUUGGGAGUGCGUCGCGCCACGAAGCUCUGAAUUUUUCAAAAAGCUGCAGCAACAGACGCAAAGGAGCAGGAAGCAUGGGUUUUGUUUAGCAGGGUUAAUCGAACAGCAGACAGACCAAUAGCAGGACGUCUGUCCACAACGCCAAGGAGCUCCAACCUUCCAGAAAGACGUAGAAAAGAGACAAAGUCACAAGAAGGAACAUAAGCGCAAGAAGGGGAGUGCAGAGCGGGGUGAAAACAGUCGAUGGAUGCUGUCCGGAUUGAGGGGACAGCAGAUUCUUCACUGACGAGGAAAAGAAAGCUUUCAAAAUUGAGUCGAAGGAUAGAAACUCGCCGUCAGGCAUGGUGUGUGAGAAGGGGAUCCAGAUCCUUCUCACCAGCGUGGGGGCUUUCGCAGCCUUCGGCCUGAUGACGGUGGCAAUAGGGACGGACUACUGGCUGUAUUCUCGUGCCCUCAUCUGCAACAGCACAGCGAACGUCACCCAGGAUGAUCCCCAUAAUAAGGACAAGAAGGAUCCUGGUGCACUCACGCACUCUGGGUUGUGGAGAAUAUGCUGCUUGGAAGGAGUGAAGAGAGGAGUCUGCUCUCAAAUUAACCACUUCCCAGAAGAUGCAGACUUUGACCACGACGGUGCAGAGUAUGUCCUACGGGUUGUCAGGGCUUCCAACAUCUUCCCGAUCCUUAGUGCCAUCCUGCUGUUGAUGGGAGGAGUUUGCAUUGCUGCUAGUCGUUUCUAUAAAAGCAAAAGGAACAUCAUCCUGGGAGCAGGGAUUCUCUUUGUUGCUGCAGGUCUAAGUAACAUCAUUGGUGUGAUCGUCUACAUCUCAGCUGCUCUGGGGGACAUUUCACCUAAAAAGGAUGAGGAUAAAAAAUGGCAGUACUCCUAUGGCUGGUCGUUUUACUUUGGAGGCCUGUCCUUCAUCAUGGCUGAAAUGGUGGGGGUUCUGGCAGUUAAUAUCUACAUCGAGAAAAAUAAGGAGCUCCGCUGCCGCUCACGCACCGACAUUUUUAAAAGCACCACACACGCCAUGCUCCGUCUCCCCAGCUACCGCUUCCGCCGCCGCUCUCGCUCCUCCUCACGCUCCACUGACCCCUCGCGCUCUCGAGACCCGUCACCUGUAGGGGGAGUCGGGGGGAAGAACUUUGGCCUCCCCCCCUCGGCACUUCUUUCGCAGGGCCCCAUCUCAGUGUCUACCUUGCCUAACCCCCACUCUCGCUCUCACACUGCCCUGGCUGGAGGCGACAUCUCCCUCUACACGCUGUCCCGCGACCCCAAACUGGGGGGGUUGCCACCCAUGUACGGAACUGUGGAUAGGGCCACUCUCUAUCAGCUCCACAACUGCUUCCCAAAGGAUGGGACUGGAGGGGGAGUGAUGAUGAGUGGUACUCUGCCCUCACUGAAGACCCACAACCCGUCCAAUUCCUCCAACUCCAACGCUCCCAUGGGCAACUCAGUAGGCUCCGGCCCCCCACCUUUCACCUCAUCCACAAUCGACAGGGAGCGAGGGAUGGGGACUCUGGACAGGCUGAAGGGAGACAGGGAAAGCAAUUCUAACACCCUCAACAGAAAAACAACACCUGUGUAGAGCAAAAUGAGGAAGAACGAAUGGAAGGGAUAUUGGUAGUUAAGAAAGUCAGAAAGAAAAAAGACCAGUUGUGUGGAUCAGACAGAAACAUAGACAAAGGUGAAACUUCUCCCUUCAAGUUCACUGUUAAAUAGUCCACUCAAUCUCACUGAGAACAAAAAGAAAAGUAAUAACUGAGCGAUAAUAACAACAACAAUGAACUCUCACAAUAAAACUAUUUUGAUAUUUCAAUGUGUUAGAAAUGAUUUAUUUUGUUAAUGAUCAAAUGCAAUUAACGAUGGGCUACUGUAGCAACUUUUCACCUAAUUUCCAUUCUACGUUACCACAAGUUUAACCAGAUUAUCAUCAAUGUCAAAUUGUUGUUGCGAUUAUUCUUGGGGUUAUUACAAGCUACCCGUAUUUGCCAACACGAGUUUGGAAUGAAAUCUUACUUUUGCUUUAUUUUUAAUUUCACUCUUAUUUUGAAAAUCAAUAAAUUUUACUGUGAAUUCUUCCAUGCAGAGCCACUGGAGUGUACAGUGAGCUGUGUGUAACUGUGUCAAAGUGUCAAAGCAUGAGUGUGCACAAAAUGUGGGAGAAUGAGAACUAGUGUUAUUUUUUUAACUCCCAAUAUGAUAGAAUUUUCAUUUAUGAUCUGAACGUAGAUGUGAAUAUUGUCUUCCAAUAUUAAUGCUAAAAGAAAUGCAACAAUAAUGUGAGUGACUGAGACCACUGACCGACUCAUUGUAAGUAAGAAUCAGAGUUUUCUAUGGGCCUCUGUUAGUCUUCUUUCCAUUCUACUCAGUGUUACCAGUAGUACUUGUAGCUUUAGUCGUGUUGAAGAUGUUAGUUCUUGGGCAUUAAGAGAAAUCUCUGAUUUGAAGAAUCAAAAAAAAAAAAUGAGACUAAAACACAUUUGUACAGAAGCUGGCGAAAGCAGCUGCCUGAGCAUCAAAAGAUCCAAUCAUUUUUUUUGUAUCAGACGUCCCAAAGUGACACAUGCAAACCAUUGUUUUUAAUUUUUCAACUGCAAAAAAAAACUGUUUAUGUGAGUGGGAGGGUUUGAGAAAAGAAAAAAAAAUUUGUGUACAUUGUAAUUUACAAAUUCAUGUCAGUUUUUUAUCGAUGCACUAUUCGGAGCAGGUUUGACUGCUGUGUUGUGAUCGUAGCCCCAACUUCCAGCUCCCAUUGGUUGGUUUCAUCCACCAGCAUCCUCCAGCCAUUUGUGGCCCCUCCCCUCUACGGGAUCAAAGUUUCCUCCUCCUUAUCAUGCAAUCUUAUCAGAGCGGAUCCUUAAGUCUGCUCCAAGAUUCUUUUCACUGUGCCCCCCCACAACUAUAACUGCUGACUCUAAAAUGUUUGAGAAUGUAAACACAUGUAAGUCACCCCCCCCCCCCCCGACACACACCCCCUUUCUUGUCUAAACUGCCUCAAGCAGCUGCAGCUUCAGGGUAGAAACCUCUGAAACACCUGCUACAUGUUAAGAUGAUGAAACCUAAUAAUGACCAGAUGCUUCCAGAUUCUAUAAUUUGUUUUUUUUUUCUUUCAUUUCAGAAAAAGGAAAAAUGUGAGAAAAAUGCGCACAGAUAGCAUUCAUGUGGGCAAUAUGAAUAGUAUGUAGUUGAGAAUAGAUAUAUCUAGACAAUUAUGGUUUAUCUAAAUGUGUGAUAAACACUGUAUUGCACGAAGUUUAUAGAAAAAAAACCAAUAACAGACAUAUUUACAGACUGCUGUCUUUUGUUUCUUUUUUUUUCUAAAUAGAAGUUCUUGUCUCUUGUGAAGUAGCGACAGCACACAUGCACACAUACGAUUUUAUAUUUUUGAUUUUAUAUGUUUACCAUGUUUUCAUAAAACAGAGCUUGUGCAAAAUACAAAUAAAAUAAAUGGAGAAUGCAGCAAUUUCAAGAUGGUGUAGCCCUAUACAUUUAUUUGAAAACAACACAAAAGCCUAUCUAUGCAUUCAAUUUCUCUAAAAUGUUUCGAAAAAUAAUAUUAAUAAUAAAAGCACUUCGCUCUCUAA